UAACUAAGAAGUAACCAGAGACAUCGGACAAAAUGAAGAAAACAUCUGUUUGGUGUUUUUUUUCUGUCCUUGUACUGUCUAAGACUGUAUUCUCGAAAAGUAUUUCUGAGAAAAGAAGUGUUCAACCGCCAUUCUUUGCAGGUGGUAGUCCUCCAAAAGGGCUACCUGGUACUUCUCAAGGGAUCGAAAUCGAGCAGACGCUGCCUUAUGAUCCUCCAGGCACUCCACCUUACUUUUUUUCUCUCUUUGAUCCAAGCACCAAUACACCGUUUUAUUCAGCUUACAAAGUUACACCUGCUCAGUCAAAGGACAUUGGGAAAGGAAGAAGGCCGGGUAGAAUACGCUGGAGAGAAGGCGGUGUGGAGAGAGGUGUUCCUGAUCUCAAAAUUGCUUAUAAGGAAGCAAUCGAAAAAAACCGAGAACGUCUUAGAGGAUCACGUCCAAACCAAGAACUAACCAAAGGCCAUUUGAAUCCCUCAGCGAUAAAUUCCUUUAACGAAAAAUUCAUGGACGCUACCUACACAUUUACCAAUGUAGUACCUCAGUUUGCAGCGUCGAACUUUUAUUUGACGAAGUUUGAGACAAAAGUGGAAAAUUAUGCAAAGGACAAUUGUGGCAAGAAAGAUGGAACCCUCUACCUUUUGACUGGCAGAUCAGAAAAUGGCCUUGUCACUAGUCCGGCGGGGAUAGCUGUUAAGGAUUCUACAAAUGUACUUCCUAAGCCCUUUCCGACGGAUACGUUUGUGCAAGGUACAAUAACACUUGUAACUCCUCGUUCUCUGUGGACAGCUGUUUGCUGUAUAUGGCAAGUACCAGGUGAGGAGAAGAAAAGAGCAGAAUCUUUUGCAAUGAUGAGCAACAAUCAAGACAAAAGAUCGAAUGUUCAUCAAACAGAAAUGAGCGUGCGCGAACUAGAGGAGUUCUUGACGACACCACCAGAUGCCAAAGUAAAUUUGUUCCCUGGGGAAGAGGAAUGUCGACCACCUGCGACCUAAGAACUAUCUACAUUACGAAGAGAAUGUCGAUGAGAACAGGCUGUUCAGAGUCAGGUAGAUAAAUUAAUACCCCUGAUUAAUGAGAGACUUGUGAAGAAGUGUCUUCCUCUUUGGCAUAUA